AUGAUUUAAUAGUAAUUAGAUAAUCAACCAUUCAAAUUCUCAACAAUCAAUUUUUCUAAUCCAAACUCUUCCUUUCAUAAAUAUGUAAAAGAUGAAGCACAAACACAAUAAAUGCCAGAAUCUAAAAUAGAUGAUAAAUAUAGAACUUCUAUUUCAACUGAAGGAUCGUAAGAGGAUUCAGAAUCUUAAAAAAUUAUUAAGAAAGGAAAGAUUAGCAAAAUUAAAGAUAAGGAUUAACUGUAGCCAUAAAAGUCUGAAACUAAAAACAUACCUAAAAAUUUUGGAGUACUAUUAAAGAAAUAUUUAUGUAUUCAUUACUCCAACAUUUUUAGGUAGUAAAAAUAUAGAUAAUUAAGCUAUCAAAGCUUUCUUAAAGAAUGGGGAACAUAAGAAAAACUUCUCUAGACAAGAUUUUACAAAGUUGUUUAAUGAUCCUGUUGCAGCAGAAUUAUCUAGGCAAUAUUUUUCUGGAUUUUAAAUUAUACAUGACCUUAUGAUUAGUGAAAAAAUACAAGAUGUCAAGAACCAUAUGAAAUAUAUAAGUAAAUUUUAUAAUUCUACUUAUAAUAAAUAAGAGCUAGAUGAACUUAAAUUAUAAUGA